GCAUAGCACGAUGCGAUUCAUGUUUGCCUCGCUCAAUCAGAUAUUACGAUUGGAUGCAUGUGAUCAAGGGUGCAGAGAAAAUGCAAUUUGCAAUUGGCUCAUGUGCUUCAAGGAGGGGUUAAUCGAGAUAACCCGGAAAAGAAGGAACAGCAGCCAGCAGCGCCUCUCAGUUCCGAGUCCGACAGUAGACUGUCAGUCUUAUCAUGGCUGGAGCUGGAGGUGACGAGCCUUUCGCCAAGGCCAGCCCAAGCCCUUUAUCUCGGGUUUUGAGAAUCAGUCAGCUGGAUGCUUUUGAACUGGAUGGUGCACUGGAACAGCUUGUUUGGUCACAGUUCACCCAAUGUUUCCAGCAUUUCAAGCCCGGGCUUUUAACCCCUGUGGAACCAGAACUCAAGGCCCUUCUCCAGCUCCUCCUGUGGAGGUUCACAGUCUACUCCAACAGCGCCACCGUGGGCCAGUCACUGCUCAACAUCCGGUAUAAGAACACUCUGAUCCCAGGAGAGAAGUACCGGCCCAUGAGCCGACCACAGAAGUUUUGGUUCGCUCUGCUGACAGUAGGUGAAAAGUGGUUGAGGGAACGCUCCAAUAGCUUGUUCCUCAACCACCCUGCAGAGUCCAAGGCACGCAAGGCCCGCAAGAUACUCACCAUCUUGACGGGCCUCACCAAAGUGGCCAGCCUGGUCAACUUCCUGCUUUUCCUUCAAAGGGGAACCUAUCCGACCCUUACCGAAAGGUUGCUGGGAGUGCAGCCCGUCUUCAGUCGACCCCAGGGCCCACGAGACAUCAACUUCCAGUUCUUGAACCGGGAGCUAUUGUGGCACGGCUUUGCGGAGUUCCUCAUCUUCCUGCUGCCUCUCGUAAAUGUGUGGAAGCUGAAGGCCAGUGUCACCGCUCUGUUCUCCCCUCUGAAUGACCUGAGGGGAACGAAGGGUUCGGAUGACACUUACUGCACCGAGUGCGCGGUCUGCGGGGAGUGGCCCACAAUGCCCCAUUCCAUCGGCUGCAACCACGUGUUCUGCUACUACUGCCUCAAGAGCCACACAAUCGCUGAUGUCUGCUUUACCUGCCCCACAUGUGCCACCAAGGCGGGAACUAUAGAGCCAGUCAGGAUUCACAUAGGAACGGAGCUGCAUCAGAGUUGAGACUGUUCCUCAAACAGCCUGCUGAUUAACUUGAGAUACACAGACUGCAGUUUGAGUUUAUCACAGAGAUUGGUUGAUGAAAGCAUAUGGCUUAUGCUUUUUUUUUUUCUUCUUCCUGAAACGAGAGCAUUUGUUGCCAUGAAUCAUGCAGAAUUUUGUACAAAGAGACAAACUUAAUGAUGUAAAAUUCUAAAACAACAUCAUUUGUGUCUAAUUUAUUCGGCCUCAUUAAAGUUUGAUAGAGAUUGUGUAUCAGAGGUCCACUUUUCUGCAUUCUCGGAUUGAGCGCCGAGCAAAUGAAUAAACAUCAAAACAAGCCUUUGCUCAACUGCCUGCACGAUCCAAUUCCCCUCAUCCCCUAUGAAGAGAGAAAUUUGCACAAGAUCAAGGAGAGGCCAUGAUAGCACCAGGGGGUAGUUGACUUGGAUGCAGAUUGACAGACAUCCCGUCAUAAUCUCCAUGGCCCUUCUUAAUACGCCAGUAAACUGUAACAAACCAGAGUAGAACCGAUGCGAGUUUUCGGGCAUAUUAUGCUUUAAGCCUAAUAAUGACUGCAAAGAUGGGUAUUUAUUCAGCUGUUAACUUUCUCCAGUGAGCCAUGCCUCAGGCCAAAACACAUCCAAAUAGACUCAGACCUGCUGGAAACUCGCACUUUCUCCCCCCAGACCACAUUGCCUUAAUUGCCCAUUGUGAAGGCAAUCAGUCACUUCUCUGGACACGAGGGGUCUAGUGGUUUACAAGAUUUUGUCUUUUUUUUUUUUGUAAAUCGCUGCUCUCAAGUUUGCUGUGACAAAGAAUUAAAAAUUGGGACAUGGCACACCGGUCUGCCCUCAUGUGGGUUCAUUGACAUUAUUAUGCGUAUAGACGAAUACACAGGACCACCAAGAAGUACAGCUCUCACUAUAAGCAGAACUAUCCAAGUUUGCUUGUGCACUGGGUUAGCAAUGUUAAAAAGAUGUUUAAUGUGCAACAGCGAAUGUUUAUACCCUUUGUUUUGUUUCAGAGGAUUAAAGGAAUUUGCCGCCA